UUGCGCCUCUUUCUCUUGUUUAACAUAAACUAAAACAGAUGGAAUAAUGUUUGCCUAAAAUAACAGUUUCUCACUGCUGGAAGGAGAGAAGCUUAGAGUUUCUCACUUUGGACUUUAGUUAGGUGCUGAUUUGACAACCUGAAGACAUUCUGCGCAAAGUCUUACCUGGGCAUUAUGAAGAAGUAUCCAGGCUUUUUUCAUCCCUGGGAGAGGAUGUCGUCUUGCUGAAUUCGUGUAGUUUAAUCGCGGGCUUUUAUUUUUAUUUGCUUACAUUUAGUGGCUCUCCAUAAAGCUGUAACGCGAUCUGCCUUUUUACGCGGUGCUUUCAAAAACUUUGGGUGCUCAAAAUGGACCGUGCAGGAUUUGUUGUUUUGAUGCUUUUGACAGUUACGCUGGUGCAAAUUAUCGACAGUCACAAGGACACAACAGGUGGGAGGAAAGAGGGUACAGGGGCAGCCCGGGCGGUGUUGAACCAGCAGCAAUCCCGGGUGAGGAGUCAAGGUCACUCGCCAAGGGAACCAGAAGAAGAUGCAUCCUCUGAACCAUCCAGUGAAAGUUCUCCUGGGACCAGCCAGUCAAAGUCUCUUGUCCGACUGCCCAGGGGCACAUCCAAAGCAGGACCGGCUCAUGCUGCAGGCGUCUCCCGGGAAGACCCGGUCACUGCGCCUCGGGAUGGUGCGCUGCGCACCGCCAGACACCCGGGCAGCCAUCAGCACAGAAGCGGAGUGAACCGCAGGCAGAGCAGCAAGCCUGGCUCUGCCAGCACAAGGAGACUUGUUGGGCCUAAUGUCUGUGGAGGUCAGCAGUGCUGCUCAGGCUGGGCUUUGGCACCAGGAACUAAUCGCUGCAUAAAACCUGACUGCAAGCCCCCCUGCCAGAACCGUGGCUCCUGCAGCCGGCCACAGACCUGUGUGUGUCGCUCAGGCUUCCAGGGGCCCCACUGUGAGGAGGUGUCUCCAGAGCAGGUGUACAUCCGUGAUGGAGGAGCCCUGAGGCGCGUUCAACCCGGGACCAACCCUUUCCAGCGAGACCAACCGCGGAGAAGGCCGUCAGAAAGGCAGGCCAUCGAUACCACCAAGGUCCAGACCCCACGACCUGCGACCACCAGACAGCCUGUGACUCAAGUGAGACGGGGACCUCCUGACUCCUCCCCUCAGCAGACUGGGACCUCCCGCACUGUGAAACGUUAUCCAUCAUCCUCUGGGCCUAUAACCUCCAACGCUCUACCCAAUGGCAACGGCCACGGCAGCGAGCACAGAACCAGGCACGGACACAGGAAUGGGCAUAGCAACGGGCACUACAACACUCAUAGGCCUACCAGCGACAGCCGAGGGCAGUUCAACAAUGCACUAUCUCCAGCAGGGGCCAACCUCACCUCCAACCUGGAUCGCAUUAAGAUCGUCUUCACACCCAUGGUGUGCCGCAGGGUGUGCAGCGGCGGGCGAUGUUACAACAGCUGUGAGAAGGGAGACAUGACCACGGUCUACAGCGAGAACCAGCAGCAGCAGCAGCCGCCGCAGCAGCCGCUAAAGAACCCGGGCUACCGACUCUUUUUCUGUCAGAUUCCCUGUCUAAAUGGAGGUCGAUGCAUUGGCAGGGACAUGUGCUGGUGCCCAUCAAACUCAACAGGGAAGUUUUGCCACCUGCCAGUCCCACCUCCUGCCAGACCCACCCUUCACAAGGAAGCAAGCCACCAAGGACCAAAAACUCCCUCCCACUCCAUGUACACUUUACCACUGUCCAAUCAGCAAGUGUCCCUCCACCCAUCCUUGGUGAACGUCCACAUUCAGCACCCUGUAGACUCCGAAGUCCAGAUCCACCAAGUAGCUCGCGUCCAGCCUGGGCAGAGACCGGCCUCCACCGAUGGGGCUCACUCUGUGCAGCAGCGCUCCCAGCCUGGGAAUGGACAUGAACACACCAGUGAGCAUAACAGUAGGCAACCACAAACAAGUGGGAAUGGCCACGCCAGAACGCACAACCAGCAGAACGGACAAGUUGGAAGAUGCUUUCAGGAAACAGUUGAUGGACAGUGUGGCAAGCCUCUGCCAGGUCUUACCAAACAGGAUGAUUGCUGUGGAAGUGUGGGCACCUCCUGGGGUUUCAACAAGUGCCAAAAGUGUCCAGCAAAACCAGCAUAUGCAGUGAUUGCAAACGGACAAGUGGAAUGUUCCAAAGGAUUCAAACGGAUGAAUCUCACACACUGUCAAGACAUCAAUGAGUGCCUGCUGCCUGGGCUCUGUAAGAACGCUGAAUGUCUCAACACCAAAGGAAGCUUCAGGUGCAUCUGUAAACCAGGUUUCUUUUUGGACCCCGACAGGAGCCACUGUGUCUCGGACAAGGCUGUGUCUGACCAGAGGGCGUUCUGCUACCGAUCCCUGUCAGUGGGCUCAUGCUCUCUGCCGAUGGCUCAUCACAUCACCAAGCAGAUCUGCUGCUGCAGCCGUGUGGGCAAGGCCUGGGGCCCCGGGUGUGACCGCUGUCCUCUACCGGGAUCAGACCAUUUCAAGGAGAUCUGCCCAGCGGGUCACGGAUACACGUACUCGCUCUCUGAUGUGCAGAUUUCUGUCACGCGGCUGGGGGAAGAUGAUCUGCAGAGUACAGGAGUGUCAUGGGAGGAGGAGAGACCUACUUUCCCUCAGCCUCGAGUACCCUUAUACCCAGAGAACCCUGAAACACCUCAAGCACCCCGGUACCCACAGACUCCUCAGUAUCCUGUCCAUCCCUCUCACCCAGAGAGGGAGACACCUAAUGAGCGGGAAGAUACGGAAAUUCUGAGCCCGCCAGCCGUUGUGACUGACUCACCGCUGAAAAAUCCAGAAACUUCUCCAAACUCCUCUAACAUCAACCCGAAGCCGGAUUCAGAGGACACAACCCAUACAGUUUCAGCCACAGGCAUUGACAAGUGUGCAACCACCCCUGCCAUAUGUGGGCGCGGGAAAUGUAUUCCUGUGCAGACUGGCUACACCUGCCGCUGCGAGUCGGGAUUCAAGCUCAGCGCACUGCAGACCAACUGCAUUGAUGUGAAUGAGUGUGACGAGGAACCAUGUGAGGGGAAGGGUCGCUGUAUAAACAGCUAUGGAUCCUAUACCUGUACAUGCCACAGUGGAUACAGCCAGGUGAUCACACAGAACAGGAAGUUCUGUCAAGACAUUAACGAGUGCAGCAUGCCCAACAAGUGCCAGAAUGGUGACUGCGUCAACACAGAAGGAUCUUACACCUGUGAAUGCAACAGUGGCUACGCCAAGUCUUGGAGAGGCCAAUGCGAAGAUGUGGAUGAGUGCAGAGAUCCCAGCUCCUGUCCCUACGGUAUCUGCGUCAACAUUCUGGGCUCUUUCCAGUGCCAGGACUGCGGGCCCGGGUUCAGGCCCGUCAAUGAAAGAUGUGUGGAUGUAAACGAGUGCUUGAACAAAACAGCAUGCAAUCAUGGAAGUUGUGUCAACACCGAGGGCUCCUAUAUGUGCAACUGUUUCCAGGGAUACAAACUCUUACUGGACAAUGUAUGCCAAGAUGUGGAUGAGUGUUUGCUUCCUGGAGUUUGUCUCCAUGGCCGCUGUGUCAAUCUGGACGGCACCUUCAAAUGCACCUGUAACCAUGGUUACCAAGUCACCUCAGACAGCGCAGACUGCGAAGAUGUCAACGAGUGCGCAACUGGUAACAUGUGCCCUGCGGGAAUUUGCAUCAACACUGCAGGUUCUUACACUUGCCAGAACUGCAGGCCUGGGUUUGGACCAUCUGCUGAUGGACUGAGAUGUGAAGACGUGAAUGAGUGUGACCAGGGUGACUUGUGUCUUGGUGGGGUGUGUGCCAACACAGAGGGAUCCUACACCUGUACCAGAUGUAAGGCUGGCUACAGAGUGUCUCAAGACCGGCAGAGGUGUGAAGAUGUUGACGAGUGCCAGUCCGUGUCUCCCUGUGCAAACGGGAUCUGUCUGAACUCGGAAGGCUCUUACACCUGUGAGAACUGCCCCACCGGGUACAGAGUAUCAUAUGACGGAGAGCUCUGUGAAGAUGUUGAUGAGUGUGCGCUGCCCACCACAUGCCCCCAGGGAACAUGUACGAACACGGAUGGUUCCUUCACAUGUAUCGUCUGUCAACCUGGAUUCAGAGUCUCUGAGGAUGGACAGCAGUGUGAUGAUGUGGAUGAGUGCUUGGCGGCUAACGUGUGCCAUGGUGAGCUCUGCUUGAACACCCGUGGAUCCUACUCUUGCAGGAGCUGCGAAGCCGGCCUGCAACUGACUGAGGAUGGUUACGGCUGUGAAGACGUUGAUGAGUGUAAGACCCCAGGUGUGUGUCCCGCGGGUGUUUGCACCAACACAGAGGGCUCCUUCUCCUGCAUGGCCUGCGACCCGGGCUUCACUGUGGCUCCUAACCGGCUCUCAUGUGAAGAUGUGAAUGAAUGUGAGGACCCCGGACUGUGUGUGGAAGGCCAGUGCACCAACACCAUCGGUUCCUAUAGCUGUUUCUGCCCCGAUGGUCUGGAGAUGGUGGAUGGGACGUCCUGCAGAGAUAUCAAUGAAUGUUUAACCAUCAUGGGGAUCUGUGGUGAAAGAGACUGUGUGAACACUAAGGGCUCCUACACAUGCAUGUGCCCUGAUGGAAUCACCACUGUCGAUGGGAGGUUCGGCUGCCAAGAUGAGAAUGAAUGCAGUAAAGGCAACGUGUGCACCCGGGGUAAUUGUAUCAACACUGACCGCUCGUUCUUGUGCUUGUGUGAGGCUGGCUUCAAGUUCAACGCCGACACGGCUGACUGCGAAGACCAGAAUGAGUGCAAGGAGUUUGGGAGCUCAGUGUGUGGUACCUGGCGCUGCGAAAACACGAUUGGCUCCUACCGCUGCUUCAUGGGCUGCCAGCCUGGCCUCGAGGGAGGAGACGCCACGGACUGUGAUAUUGAUGAGUGUGUCAAUGAAACAAUCUGUGGGAACCACGGCUUCUGCGAGAACACAGACGGCUCCUUCCGCUGCCAGUGUGACCAAGGCUACGACAACCCCCCCGGAGACAUGAGCAAAUGUGUUGACGUGAACGAGUGUGAGAUGAGCUUGGCGCUGUGCGGGGAGGCCCUGUGUGAGAACUUCGAUGGCAGCUUCCUGUGCAUCUGCCCCAACGACAAUGAGGAAUUUGAUCCCAUCACCAGCCAGUGCCGCUCCCUGGUUGACCCGACACCUGCUCCUGGCGUCCCUCCAUCUGCUUCCUCAGCCGAGGAGAGGAAAGAGUGUUACUAUAACUUGAACGACGCCAACUUUUGCGACAACGUCUUGUCUCGCAACACCACCAAGCAGGAGUGCUGCUGCACAGUGGGGGCCGGCUGGGGGGACAACUGCGAGAUCCACGCCUGUCCUCUCCCAGGAAGAGAUGAUUUUAACCAGUUGUGCCCUCGCGGCACUGGAUUAUUACCCCAGUCCUUGUCCUCUUCACAAAACCUGGGAGAACACCGCCAUUACAUAGAUGCAAAUGAGUGUGAGAUGUUUGGAUCAGACAUUUGUAAGAAUGGACAAUGUUCAAAUCUAUUUUCCACCUAUACCUGCUACUGUCGCUCCGGAUUCUACUAUGACAACAUCCGGCUUGAGUGCAUGGAUUACGAUGAGUGUGGAUUUGGGACCGCCUGUGAGAACGGAGCGUGUGUGAACACGGCCGGCUCUUUCAACUGUUUCUGCAGUCCUCCGUUAGUCCUGGACAGCACGAGGCGGCGCUGCAUCGGCCUCAACACCACAGAAGAAACCCUUGACUCUGAUCACGAUGUGCACAUGGAUAUUUGCUGGCAGCGUCUGGAGGGGGACAACGUGUGCUCAAAGCCCCUGCAGGACCGCAGAACCACAUACACUGAAUGCUGCUGCCUGUUUGGCAUCGCUUGGAGUGAACAGUGUGCCUUCUGUCCCCAAAAAGACUCAGAGGACUAUGCAGUGAUGUGCAACCUGCCUCGGGAAGGUGGAAGGGACAGUCUGCGAGAGCGGCCAGGAUAUGAGUAUGGUAUGGAGGGGCCGGAAGAUCCUGCGGAGCCUUUUGUUCCUCCUUACUGGGACAGUUAUGGUGGUCCUGCAGAACCCUAUGACAUUCCCGAGGGAGUUCCUCUCUUCAAUGACAACGACUACGGCGUGCAGCAGCCACCUUCCCGUGUGCCCAUAGCACGACCACGGGAGCAGCAGCCACGGCCUGUGGACCCCUAUGCUGGGCGCUACGAUGCCUUUGAGGGUCUCCGAGCGGAGGAGUGUGGUAUCCUGAAUGGGUGUGAAAACGGCCGCUGCGUUCGUGUGCGAGAAGGUUACACCUGCGACUGCUUUGACGGUUAUGAACUUGACCUAAACAAGAUGGCCUGUCUAGACAUAAACGAGUGUGAGGACAUCAGUGACAAGGUGCCCUUGUGUCAGAACGGGCUGUGCAGCAACACAGAGGGAUCGUACAAGUGCACCUGUUUGAGCGGCUUCUUGGCCUCCGCAGAGCCACACAAAUGCAUCCCAGAGAUCCCAGCGUCUGGGCUUCUGGAGACAGGAAACUGAGACAGACUGCUCCCUCAAAGAUCACCUUACACCCUUCUGCCCUUUUCCCCAGGGGCCUGGCACUAAACCUCCAACAGUAACGCUUAGACGUCCAAACUCACUUCCCUACACACACACACACACACACACACACACACACACACACACACACACACACACACACACACACACACACACACACAUACACAUACACAUACACAUACACAUACACAUACACACACACACACACACACACACACACACACACACACACUCGCAUUCAGCACAGAACACAUUCAUAUCCCCCUCACACACAUCCAACAGGACCAGGAAUUGUGCAGUGAAUGUAUAACAUGGGAUUUAAUAUUCACCAGAUACCCAUUUGCCUUAAAGGGAUUUUGUGGACUGAUUUUUUUUUAUUCAGUAACCCCAGGCAAUUUGGUAUGCAGAUAUAUUUUCCACAUUAUUUUCUCUGUCACUUUCUUUUGUUGUGUUAUUUAUUUCAUUUACAUGACGGGCUUCUGCAAACUAAGAAAGCAACCUUUGUCAGUGGGCGUACAUGGAUGGGCCUCUUGUUUUAUUUGUCUCACCUCAGAGACGCCACGGGGAGAUAAUAAAUAUAUUUUGUAAAAGAAGGAAUGUUAGAGAAAAAUAGUCAUAAAUCAGCUUGUGCCUCACAAUCAAACCUCACACCAGUUUUCUCACUCACUCAUUGUAAUUAGCAUCGACCUUGGACUAAAUGGACGCCAGGGUUGAUACAUCUGAAAUUUAAAGGAAAGAACAUUUCAACAACCACCUUUUCUCUUCUUCAAGAUUAACCACAAGCUGAAGAAUCUCUGGACCCAGAACGACAGAGAACACAGCCAAACUACACAUUAAAAAACUCAGCCUUUAUGUGGACCUGGAAAGACUGUAGAUGUAUAUGAUGAGCUAUGUAAUGUUUAAAAACAAAAAAAGGUGCAAUAGGUAUAACCUGCCUUCCUCUGUUUAACACCCUUUUUAAUACCAGCAAUGAAGUAGGAAAACAUGGACUCACUUGCUGAUCCCCUUUUAUUUUAUUUUUAACAGUAUUAACUUGUUUUACAUGUCUGUAAAACCCAUAUGUACCAUGACCUAGAGGCUACAUUCUAGCCUGAAACCACAGGAAAGUAAGUUAGUUAAAAUGAUCCACAAAUAUCACAGCUUGAAGUGAAAGUUUUAUGAACCAGAGUCACACAUCAGAUCAUUCCCACGUGUGGAUCUCGAGUGCAUGUAAAGAUAACGGCUUUGUUGGAGAGGUUUGGUAUAUUUUGUACAGAUCUAGUACUAUGUAUUAUUUUUGUUACAUAUUCUCUUAAUGCAUUAUAGCACAACCAAUAUUUUGUUUAACAUAAGACGUAAAAAUGUAAGAAAAAUCUGGCAUUAUAGCUUUGUAGAUUUAUACAUGUCUGUAAAAAUGUUUUUUUUAAAGCAUAUCUUUUUAUGUAUGAGGAGAGUGGCUGACACUGUACCAGAGGAACUGUGUGUAUACCCUGCCCUGUGGAGCAGACAAUGAAAUAUAUUUUUUUGGAAGUGGCAGCACUGUUCUAAAAGACAUUUUGUCUCUUCAAGUUCAUUACAAAGACAAUGCUUUUGAAAUGCAAGCACCAACUCCUGUGCGUCACAACUUUAUGGCUAAAUAUUAGUAAUUGUGAACAUUAUUUCUUUUAGUCUCUGUUUGAUCCUUAUGUCAUGAAUGUAUCAUAGACUGUACCAUGUGGUUUCUGAACUCCCACUUAUACCCUUUUGUGUUUUAUUUUCAGGUUUAGAAUAUAAUGGCAUUAUUUGUCUAAUAGACUAAACUUCUUCCAGCAGUGCAGAAACAUAAAAGUCUAAUUCCAACAUGGAGGAGGACUAAAGUUGACGAUUAUAACCUUAACAAGCAUUUGUAACCUAUAAACCUAGAGUUGUACAAAUGUCUCCAUCUGAAGUCUACUUUUCUGUGCUGUAUUCAUCAGUUAACCCGGAUCAGAAGUCUAACAUUUAGGUCAAAGUUGGAAUAUUUAAAGCCUUUCAAAACUGCAAAUAACUUGCAAUAAAUGUCUUGUUUUAAAGCUGUGGUCAUUGGAAAUGUGUGCUCAUUCAUUUUGUUUACCUCUUGACUGUAAUCACUAUCAGUCAUCCAAAUAAAAACCUAAAAAAUA